AUGUCGUCACACAGUGAAAAUAACGGGCACAUUCCAGUUGAGAAGCUGGAUGGCUUGGCAAACUAUUCAAAUUGGAAAUUUGCCAUGAAAAUGUUGCUAACGCUGGAUGGUCUAUGGGGCUGUGUUGAAGGUACGGACACCAAUGCGACCCACGAAAGCCGCGCUUUAGCAAAGAUAUGUUUAACGAUCAAGCCCGCACUGUACCAGUACGUGCGAGAUGCCACGUCGGCAAAGGAUGCCUGGAAGAAACUCGCCGAUGCCUUCGAGUCCAAGGGCCUAUACCGAAAAGUGCUCUUGCUACGUCAACUGCAUAAAAUAGAAUAUAAUCAGUACAGCAGCAUGUCGGAAUAUGUCGAGGCGGUGAUGCGGCUCGUUCAACAGCUCGAUGAUAUAGGCAAGAAGAUAGACGAUGAUGAGGUAGCGGAGAUCCUGUUGAGUGGUUUAUCGCAGGAAUUUGACAACCUAGUGUCAGGUCUGGAAACCGCCUGUCUUACAAGCAAACUCACGGUGGAGCUCGUGCGUGCCAGAUUGCUACAAGAAGAACACCGGAGAAGUGCGAGUGACCAGGAGGGUGUGAAGGCCUACCUAGGAAGCAAAAAGAAGAAGUCAUCGCCUAUGUUUUGCCAGUUCUGCAAGAGGAGCGGACACACUAUCAAGCGUUGCUUUAAGCGCAAGAAGGAGCUGAAGAACAAUGAAGAGAAUCACACUAUGCUUGCAUCAGCCAUGGUAUGCAGCGGCAGCAGCUGCCAUGACUUUGUCGUGGAUUCUGGUGCGUCCCAACACAUGGUUGCUAAUAAGGAGCUACUAGAAGAACCUAGAGCAAUUGUAGUGGUAGGAUCCCUUUAUGCUCCAAUAUUAGCCUUGUAA